UCUAGAAUAGUUUUUGGUUCUUAUUCUCUGUUUUCAUUCACAGUCGCACACGGUGGUUUUGAGUGGUAGUUCACGGCGGGGAAAAAUUCAAAAGAGUGAGUUUCUGUUUUCGGUUCGAGAAAUUGAGAAGAAGAUGUCGGGCGUGACGAACGAGGAAGACAAGAAGCCAACGGAGCAAGGUGGAGCUCACAUCAACCUCAAGGUCAAGGGUCAGGAUGGGAAUGAAGUGUUCUUCAGGAUCAAGAGAAGCACUCAACUGAAAAAGCUGAUGAAUGCAUACUGUGACAGACAGUCGGUGGAUUUCAACUCCAUUGCUUUCCUGUUCGAUGGCCGUCGCCUCCGAUCUGAUCAGACUCCAGACGAGCUCGAAAUGGAGGAUGGGGACGAAAUAGAUGCCAUGCUUCAUCAGACAGGAGGUGCAGCUGUCUGAAUGAUGCAGCGUGCACGGCAGUCGUGUUUUCGACAUCCUCGGGAGUAGAAUUAGGUUAAUUAACUAGUAGUGAUGCCUGAGAAGCAUCUUCUAUAUCAGCUACUUAUUAUACUGCAGUUUCUGGCUGACUUGAUAUGCUAAUCGUUUGCUUUUGUUCACAAGAGUGAGAGUAUUGCCCUUUACUUAUUAAGAAAGCUUAUAACCAAUAUACGAGUGUUUUAAAUUCACUAUCUUAAAUAAUCUACGAUACCAUGUAUUAUUUUAUGAUAUUGUGGCUGGUUUGCUUGC